GCGUCGCUUCUCUGACGGUCCCAGCCUGCGGGGUGAGAGGCCGGGACCCGCUGGGCUUCAGUUACCUAGGCCCGCUGUUGCUUCAAAUCGUGGGAGUGGGAGCGUGGGGUGCAAAACGGAGCCCUUUCAUCGCGGCUCGCUUCCGGCGUCAUGGCUCAAAGGGCCUUUCCGAAUCCUUAUGCCGAUUAUAACAAAUCCCUGGCCGAAGCCUACUUUGAUUCUGCAGGGAGGCUGACUCCAGAGUUCUCACAGCGCUUGAACAAUAAGAUUCGAGAGCUUCUUCAGCAAAUGGAGAGAGGUCUAAAGUCGGCAGACCCACGGGAUAGCACUGCUUACACUGGCUGGGCAGGCAUUGCUGUGCUUUACUUACACCUCUACGAUGUAUUUGGGGACCCCGCCUACCUACAGAUGGCUCAUGGCUAUGUAAAGCAAAGCCUGAACUCUCUGAGCAAGCGCUCCAUCACCUUCCUUUGCGGGGAUGCAGGCCCCCUCGCAGUGGCCGCUGUGGUCUAUCACAAGAUGAACAAUGAGAAGCAGGCAGAAGAUUGCAUCACCCGGCUAAUUCACCUAAAUAAAGUUGAUCCCCAUGCUCCAAGUGAAAUGCUGUAUGGACGAAUGGGCUAUAUCUAUGCGCUUCUCUUUGUGAAUAAAAACUUUGGAGUGGAAAAGAUUCCUCAGAGCCAUAUUCAGCAGAUUUGUGAAACAGUAUUAACCUCUGGAGAACACCUAGCUAGAAAGAGAAACUUCACAGCAAAGAGUCCACUGAUGUAUGAAUGGUACCAAGAAUAUUAUGUGGGAGCUGCUCACGGCCUAGCAGGAAUUUAUUACUACCUGAUGCAGCCCAGCCUUCAAGUGAGCCAUGCAAAGUUACAUAGUUUGGUGAAGCCCAGUGUAGACUAUGUCUGCCAGCUGAAGUUCCCAUCUGGAAAUUACCCUCCUUGUAUAGAUGAUAAUCGAGAUCUGCUAGUCCACUGGUGCCAUGGUUCACCUGGCGUAAUCUACAUGCUUAUCCAGGCCUAUAAGGUGUUCAGAGAGGAGCGGUAUCUCAGGGAUGCCUAUCAAUCUGCUGAUCUGAUCUGGCAGUAUGGGUUGCUGAAGAAGGGGUACGGGCUGUGCCAUGGCUCGGCGGGGAAUGCCUAUGCCUUCUUGGUGCUGUACAACCUCACGCAGGAUAUGAAGUACCUGUACAGGGCCUGUAAGUUUGCUGAGUGGUGCUUAGAUUAUGGCGAACAUGGGUGCAGGACACCAGACACUCCUUUCUCACUCUUUGAAGGAAUGGCUGGAACAAUAUAUUUCCUGGCUGACCUCCUGGUGCCCACAAAAGCCAGGUUCCCUGCAUUUGAAUUAUAAAAGGAAAGUGUGCCUCCUGCAACCUGCUGCAUGGCUGUUGCUGUACAUCAUUCCUGGACUAAGUAUUUUCAUUGCUUUUCAAGGAAAUGCAGAGUCAAACUGUGUACUUGAAUUAGUUGCUUUUUUUUUUUUAGAAGUUGUCUUUUGUUCAGUUCCUUAGUUUUGUUUUAAAUAUCCAAGGAUAUCUUUUAACUUUAACUUCAGUUUCUUCCUAAAGGAAGGGUGGAUGAUUUGUACAGUAUUUUGAGGGUAUAUGUGUAUAUAUAUUUCAGAACUUGGAGGAAAUCUUACUCUUAUUUAGGCUAAUGAAUAUAACUGUUACUGCUCUAAAAAUGUUUAAAAGAAACUAAAUAUCCAGAAAGAAGAAUACAUUAUUGUUGUUGGAUAUGGCCCUCUACCUCUUUAGUAUUUUUCCUUCAAUAGGACAGUUUUAUGACUUUGCAUUUGUUGAGGUAGUUGAUGAUGAGGGGACAAAAAUAUAUGCUUCCAGGACAAAAAGUAGCAAGAGUUGCACCUUGGGCUCGGGACCGCACUACCCUUUUUCAAAUUCACAGUGCUUAUUUCAACUAGAGGUAAACAUACUUUCAAGUUUGCCUCUUUUUGGUAAUAAAGUGUCCAGGCUCUAUAUGCCAGUAUUUUUAUGAAAAACCUUCUAAAUGAAAUGAUGGUCGUUAAAAUUCUGAUUGGAAGGUUAGUUCAGAAUAAGCUAACAAAAAGAGUUUGUUUUCUCUAAAAUAAGCUGGUGUAUUUGGGACUGUUUGCUUUAAUUUUUUUUCUUAAAUUAAUGUAAGAUCAGGAAACAUAUUAUCUGUGUGUUAAUUUUAUUGUGGUGUAAGAUUUGAGUCCUCCCCUGUCCAUCUGAGUUCCCAAACUUUGACUUGUGUUUUACUUACUUAGACUUGGCAGUGACUUUGCUUUAGCACUGACUGUUUGGUACAAGCCAUAAGAUGCUCUCCUUUCUGUCAACCAAUGUGGAUAUUGGUCUUUCAACUAAAUAGUACAUGCUGUAUAAAAAGGGGCUGGGGUGCUAUACAAUGUAGUCAAUAACUUGGACAAAAACGCUGAACUUUUGAUAGAAGUGCUGUUUAUUUAGGAAGUAUCAUCCAGUGAUUGUGCCUAGGACAGAUGGAUCCUGUCUCUUUGCAUAGCCAAGGCUUACCAUUCAUCCCUUUCUGAGCCCUCAGUUCAUGAUGUAUUUAUGGUAGGUGAAGAAUUUCUGGUGCUUCAACUUCUGUACAAAUGUUUUGACUCAUCAGCUCCCACUCCUCCUUCGCUCGCUGCCUUUCACAGGCUUGUUUCAUCUUGUAUAUGUUUUGACUGAUUUUAGAAAAACUUGCAGCUUUAAAAACCAGUGUCCGAGAAUUUUAAAUCUGCCUAUUUUGUGGCUCUCUCAGUCACAAAAUCGGGCUAUUUUUAAUGGAACUUUGAACCAAAUCCCCACUGAGUACAUGUUGGCUCCCGUGGGUAGAAGUCUCCUAUUAUUUUCCACCUAACACCAAAAUAGCUAAUAUUAUUGGAAAUUGACCCUUCUAAAGGCUCCUGACAGUAGGAUAUAAAAAGCUGCCCACUGCUCAACUUUUAAGAUUAGCUUAUUCUUCUGUGACUUGUGCUAGUCGAGGACAACCUUGCGCCUCUCGGAUUUUGGAAGUACUGCUGGUAAGCUGUGUGCAGUCUGUGCCUUUCUCGUGAAUGUUCCAGAUCAACGGUGUUGGCAUUCACAGAAGAGCCAAUUUGCCUUGGGCAGGGUAUCCGACUUGAAAAAAUAAAACCCAUUUGGCUUAGUUAAAUGUCUUACUCUACUGCGCCUGUACUUUUAGCCACUAUAAUUACUAACCAAGGGAAAACGCAAAACACACUUUCUUUUAGCCAGAGGAGAUUUGAUCACAGGGCUUCUCCAAACAUCUUGAGUAAUUCAACCCCAGGAAGACUUCAGGGAAGGGAGCAGAGCAUUUGAAUAAGAUUCUUAAUAUUUGGGCUGCAGUUUAGCUGCUGUCAUCCAUUAACAAGUUCAUCAAUCUGAGCAUGAUGCACAUUUCAUUCUUCUUCAGCUUUUUAGGACUUAUUGAACUGGCAGGACUGUAUAUUUAUGCCAUUAUUUGUCUUAUUUAUGCUCAAGAGGCAAGUAAGUUUGUUGGGAUUCUAAACUUAAACGCUAGAAAAACUAAGACCAGUACCCUGACACCAUGAGUCAUGCAUGAACUGAAAGUUUCAUAUUAGAUUUCUUAGUUUUACAAAGAGGUAUCAUUUCAGUUCUAUUUCUGUUAUAUCAUUUUUCUCUCAGAAAUUUUUCUUUUCGCUAAAAAACCUUCCCAGUAGUUGCUUACUUCCCAGAAAACCCAAUAGCACCUCUUACUUCCAUGCAAAGACAAGGUAGUAAAACCAUAAACUCUUGUCAAGCAGUGUGCAGUUACCGUGUCAUGUGCUUCUGUUCCUGCAGCGAUGAGGAACUGCGGUAGUUAACGGUUCAUCACGUAACAAGUGUUAACGUUAUCACAACCAUUUCCAUCUUCCCCACGGGCUUUGGGCUCAUCCAAGUUGUCAAUCAAUAAUCCUUAGAGUCAUUUGGCUCCCUUUUCAUCUUUGAUGCCAGUUUCAGUCAUUUGGCAUCAAAAGCCUUCAUGGUAGGUAGAGUUUUAGGUAAAAGGGAUCCCAGGCCAUUUUCUGUCCUUAUUACCGCUUCCCAACGUGACUGAAUUGAGAGACAUAGUCUGCUCCUGUGUCCUCAGGUUAAUUUGUGUCUGAUCAUAGGAUGCCCUGCCUUUUCUAGCUGAUUUUAAAAUACAAAAUGUGAAGAGCGAACAUUAUUCAUCUCCUUUGGCUACUAGAACUCAUCUGUAGUCCGUUAUUGCUCACGCUGAUUCUACCUCUGCGUCCCCUGAAUAGGUCAGAGCGCCCCCUGUCGGUAUUGCUAAGCUGUAGAACUGUUUCUCUCAUACAGGUAUGAAAUAGUGUUGGGAAUAUUCGGGAAACCCACCCCGAUGUUAUAUUGCCAUUUAUUGGGAAGGGCUGGGUAUUAUGUAUUUCUGUGUUAUGUAAAAGAUUUGACUUACUAAUCCUCAAUAAAAUUUUAUUAGCACUAUAUA